AUGGCAGUCCUGGCCAACAAUGGGAGGCGAGCAGCGCUCACAGUUGAACAGCUGGGCACAGUGCCUCACACAGCCAGGACAUACAGGACGGUUGGAAGAGCGUACUUCCUUGCGCCUCGAGCGGAGAUCGUGGACAACCUGAAUGAGAAGCAGGUCUCCUACAGCAAUGAGCUGGAUAGGCUGACAAAGAGCAAAGCUGCGCUGGAGAAGGGGCUCAAGGGAGUAGAGGGGGAACUGCGUGAGCUGCUUCAGUCUAGCCCAGCUCUGGCCCAGCAAUUGAUGUCCCGCAGCAGCUGA